AUGAAUUCUUAUGAAAACUUGGACUCUGGCUAAAAAUGUUGCACACAUUGUGGGCAUUUAGAUUAAGGCACAUCUCUUGUUUUAAAAGAUGACAUACCAGAAAGAAAAUUUAUUCCAGAUAGAACCAUCGGAAAGGGCUUUGGCUAAGGGAUGAACUAAUAAAUGUUGAGAAUAAAAUUUUCUAAGGAACAUUAAUCAGAGUAUAAUAAGAAUUAAAAGCUAGAAGAGUUAGUAAGCAAACUUGAGUUUAUCUCUAAAGAUGACAGAAGUAAGGUGUUUGAGAUAUCCUAGAAAUACGUUGAAAAUCAAAGAAAAUUAAAUCAAAAGUGUGAUAAUUACAAUAAAGUCGUGGGUGCAAUGGCUUACUCUCUCAGAAAAGAGGGCAUUAUUGCAAAUACAUUUGAUAUGAAGGAUUUGAUCAAAGUAUUAGAAGGCCCAAUACCAGGCCAACUUAAACCAAAAUGCUUAUUGAAAGUUAUUGACAAAUGGGCAUCAAACAUUUUAGUAUCAUCAUCAAGAAAUGGUAAUUUUAUACAAUCUAAAACUUAGCCAAAGAAAAUGAUUAAUUUACAGAAAAAAUAGUUAUAAAUUGAUUGGUCAGAGCAAGCAAAAUUGGUAAUUAAUAAAUUGUUCUCUUCUAUACUUCAUAAGGCUACAACAUUUAUGCAAACUAUACAAAGUGAGGCAUAUGAUGUAGAUUUAAACACAAUUCAAGAAAUAGAGAAUUUUUACAUUGAAUACAAGCCUCUUGAUAGCUUAAACGAAUUUAAAGGCGGAGUUUCACCUCCUACUAUUGAUUCUACAAUCUCAUUUGAAAUCAAAGAGAUUUUAAACAACCCAAGCAAUGAUAAUUUGAAAAAUUACACCGAGACUAGGAUUAUUUUAUUCGCUUAAAUCAGCUGA